UGUCCGCAGGUAGAAAGGAAGUCCAGAAUCCCGACAACUAGCCGCCCGAAGACACACAAGACCGGAAUAAAUACCGAAUCAGGAUUUAGACCGAGUAUGGAGGCGAGUAAACCACUAAAGACGGAAGCCAGGGAUGCUCCAGGACCAGAAGAGGAGGCCAAGGUGGCCAACCGGCUGCCUGAGGUCCGUCUGGUGGUGCUGGGCUGGAGGUGGCCGGGGAAGAGCCUGACCGGAAACACCAUCAUCGGCCGAGAGGAGUUUCGCUUGGAGCGGGCGGCCGAGUUCUGCGUGAAGAGGCAGACGGAGGUGCUCGGGCGGCAGGUGACGGUGAUAGACACUCCCGGCUGGUUCUCCGCCCAGGACACGCCGCCCUCCUACAAGGAGGAGUUGGUGAGGGGAGCUUCUCUUUGCCCCCCCGGUCCGCACGUCUUCCUGCUCGUCAUCCCCGUCGGCAUGUUCACGGAGGUGGACCGCGCUCGCAUCGAGGAGCACGUGAGCCUCUUUGGCGAGCGCGUGUGGAAGCACACGAUCGUGGUCUUCACCUGGGCGGAGGUGCUGAGGACCAUUUCCAUCGAGAGGUACAUCCGCAGGGAGGGCAAGGAGCUGCAGUCGGUGCUGGAGAUGUGCAAGCGGAGGUACUUUGUCAUUAAUAACGGCAUAUUCGGGGAGCAUCCCCAGGUGGAGCGCUUGCUGGAGAGAGUGGAGAAGAUGGUGGCAGAGGAGGGGGGCUACUACGACCCGGAGGAGGUGGAGAAGGAGAAGAAACCUCUGGAUGAGAACCAGAAUCCAGCUCGAGAGGGACGGGAGCUCGGGGCGCGGCCCAAACAGAACUCUGUGCUGAGUUUGUCCCAAAGCAUGCAGGUGGAGCCGCUUUCCAGUGAUGCACGUGUUUUGCCCCCCAAGAAAGUCUAACUGGAGUCUAAAAAUGUUACGAGUUUGUUUCUUUUCAUUUUAAGGUAGCAGUUGCAGGCCGUUAACCUCGAGAACGACACUAGGGUGACAGUGACAUCACCGCAUUUUAGCUGUGAAGAGAAGCUUGUGAUGUCAAAUCGACCCCUCUUAAUAAUGCACUGUUUUAUUGGAGAUUAAAAAUAGCACUCUUGCCAGAUGGAUCCUCUCAGCCUCAACCACGAGAAGUAAAAGGGGAAACUGAAAUUUCAGCAAACGUACAAACCAGAAUGAUUUAUUUAUCUUUUUAAUCUGACAUGUUACUGUGUAUUUCUGUUGUGCACGUUCUUUAUGAUUCUCACUGUGAUGCAACGAGAGGCAUUCGCCACAGAAACACCCCUUUUCUUUUUUCCACGCUGUCUAAAGAUUUAUACUCGACUGUUUGAUUUUGUUCUUGAGUUUCAAAGAUGUUCUUGUUGUCGCAUCUUGAGGGUUUUGUGGUGGGAGGGAUUUCAUUAAACUCCAAACUACAAAACGCAACACGUUACACGUAUGGCCGUCAUCAAUUUUAAACCCAAUGUGUAUGCUCCUUAUUCUUGGCGAAUACCAGUGGCAGAACUGCACUACUCUAAAUUGUUACGAAUAUUCUGUCGAUGACUGUUGAGGGAAUUGCUUUUAUUGUUUUUUUUGUUUUUUUUAAGAGUCCCAUUUGUUGUGACCAAACUCUAAAUGCUUUUCUCGUGCUGCAAUGUUUGUUGUUCUCUGUGUCCAGUUAGGAAGCACGCGGCCGGUAGUGGUUUUGUGUGUCAUUGUGUUUCCUUUAAAUUGAUCUGUUACGUUUAUGCCACAGAGCCGAAAUUAUCCGUUUAUGAACACACAGAAAAUAAAUUUCAGCAAAGGAACAUUUUCACAUAUCCAAGUUUCUUGCAACGUCGUUGAUUUUCUGAUAGUAAACAGUUAAUAUCUUUGGGUUUCAAAAUGUCGGACAAUUUCAAGUACACUUUUUUUUGUCUUACUGUUGUGAUUACAGGUGCAAUAAGCACCUUUCUGACCACGCCCACCAGAUAUCCUUGGAGCGUUUGGAGGUGAAAACUGGCUUGAAAAUGUCGACCUUAAAGGACGGCCGACCGCCCUUAACCCUCCUGUUACCUUUAGGGUCAAUUUGACCUCAUUCAAUGUUUAAUGUCGGUGUUCUUUGGGGUCAAUUUGACCCCAGGCUGUUUUGCACUGUUAAACAUAGAAGAAAUAUCAACUUUUUUUAUAUAUUUAAAGGGCUAUUUGGGUAGUCAACAAACAAACAUAAAGUACCUCACACUUAAACUUGGGAAACAAUAUUAAUUCUAAUAAUUUUCUGGAGGUUUUUAUUGCUGGGGUCAAAUUGACCCCGAGGGUAAAAUAUGUUAGUAAAUGUAAAGGUACAAAAACUGAACGUAAACAUAACCGUUGUCUGUUGACCCGGCCCGGCUGCACGGAGCAUAAACAGGUGAACACAGUCGUGAACAUAUCCCUCUGCUGCAGAUUAGGUCACAUAGACAGAGUUACCAAUGCACCAGUUUAACUUUGUUUUACUCGGUUGAUAGUAGGUUGUGAGUCAGCUACUAGUAGCAUUGAGUCGAGUGGCUGUGAGUGUCACGGACCCUUUUAUUGUAGGACUGCUGGAGAUACUGUUCCUUAAAGAAGCCGUCAGUCUUUUGAAUUCAUGUGUUUUUAGUUUUUACUAAUGUAGAGUAGAGCGCAAAUCCAGUUGUGUGCACUCGGAGAUGAAUAUUUCAUCACGUGUGGGAAAGUGCAGACGUGCUUGUUGAGGAAACGGUGAUGAUUAGCAUGUUUUCAAAUGAACAAGGAAGCACUAAUCCACCAGCGUCAUUUAAUAAAUAAGAAAACACAAGGGAUGAUUACGGUCACGGUACAGCAGACGUGUACAACAAUUGCGAUUGGGCUCGCAACCUCAUAUGACCCGCCGCCUUAGUGUUUGAAUGGUGACUGAGUUACUCUUUCAAAGUGCGGCAUGUGAGUCAAGUUACCCGUAAUGAAUUAAUGAAGGUAAUUGAGUCAAUUCUGUCGGCCGGAGACUUUUUGUCUUGUUAUUAUUUUAUUUGCCAACACUAUUUGAAGUAGAUUUGCCUCUGAGAAAUGCUGUGUGUGGUUCUUCUCUGAAGCUUAAAUAAAUGUAUAUUUUGAUCUAA